CUGCACUGGUUCAUACUGUAUUUUCAUAGCUUAAAAAAUAAUGAGUUGAAACAGAAACAUUAGUUUAAAACUGGUUAAAUUUGAAGCUUCCGAAUUGCAGAAAACUGCUUUGUGAGUGGAUACUGUUCUAAUUCUUUUAGGCGGCCAUUUAGCAUCAGGUCAUAAUGGAUGACGAUUAUGAGGGGGGAGAUGAUUUCGCGGCAGAUGACUUCGAGCCUCAAGAAGAAGAGGAGCCGCUGGAACCACAGCAAGACGAGGAUCAGGAACCCAUUGAGGUGGUAACAAGUGGCGUGGUACAUCCGACACCGAAAGACAAGCGCAUCACGACUCCUUACAUGACCAAAUACGAACGUGCUCGUGUUUUGGGGACCCGUGCACUCCAGAUUGCCAUGAAUGCGCCGAUUAUGGUUGAAAUUAAAAACGAGACCGACCCCCUCGAGAUUGCCAAGAAAGAACUGAAAGCCGGAAAAAUCCCCAUGAUUGUGCGACGCUAUUUACCUGACGGCACUUUCGAGGACUGGAGUGUAGAGGAGUUAAUUGUGUCCGAUAAUUGAUCGGUAGGAUGCCUGGCGGGCUACAUGGAUGGAUGGGAUGUUGUUUGAUUGACGGUGCUGUUACUGAAAUGGGUUUUUAUAUGGAUAGACUCCCUGAGCCCUCUUAUCCGCGUUGCCACUGGAUCGAUUAAUGAUUUUUUGCGCUUCUCUUUCACUCUGUGUAUUCUCUCUUGUUUGUAUUAUUCUCAAUAUUUGAGGCCGCACCUGUCGGAUAAUGAAAAUUUCCGUGCGCUAAACCGUGCGCAUAUGCUUAAAGAGAAGGGGGUUUAUUACGUUUCUAGUUUCUGCUUUGGAAAUAUGGUCAUCAGAUGGUUGUUUGAAAUUAAAAUCAAUAUAUGGAAAAUUAUACUUUCCAGAACCGUAUGUUCUG